UAGUGCGUCGGAAAAGAUCGAUAAGGUAUCGUGACUUAUUGAGUAAAAUAGUGUUUGAUUAUAACCAAUUAUCAAGUUUGUACAAGAACUAACAAAAUAUUGGAAAAUUUAAGUUAACGGACACACUUCAUUGGCUGUUCAAAUACCUCUAUUUUUUAUCGAACGUAAAUAUACCUUUUUAACACUGUUUAAUAGUGACACUACGCCGUUCUUAUUGACAUAAUAGUUUAAUUUUAGUUAGGACAAGGUUGAGGAUAAAAAGUUAUAUUUCAUACGACCUUUAUAAAAUUAAUUUGUGCUUUUUAUGAAAUAUUCACAUUCAGAUAUUUUGGAUUUAAUCAAGCAGACGAUUUUUACUGAUGAGUUUAUCCAUCAUUUGGAGUAGACAGAUAUCAAGCAUCUUUUACAGGCUGCAAUUGUAAAAAAGCAGCAGAAAAGUUUGCAAGAUGAAUUCUGUUGCGCCGGUUGACGAUUUAGAUCCGAUUACGGGUGCUGAUAGUGGCGCCGAAGAAGCAGACGAUACUUUUCCGGAAGGAAUUGUAAACCCCGCCUCGUACCGUGAACCGGAAGAGGAUCUGGAUGGCAUUAAGAUUACGUUUAAUCUGUUACAGUGCGCCAGGAAUAAUUAUGUCGAUGCAGCCCAGAGACUGAUGAAAGAUGAGAAAUGUUUGAAAGAAAUCAACAAUGAGGAUGAAGAAGGUUUAACUCCGUUACAUUAUGCUGCCAGAUAUAACCAUUUCACAAUCGUGAAACUGUUGGUGGAAAAUGGAGCAGAUGUGAACUCGGAGGAUCGCGAGGGGUUAACGCCAUUACAUUACGCAUGUAGGAUCAAACGGAAACGGAAGAAAUCCAAGCAGACGAGACUAAAUUUGGCUCUGAGUGAAACUAUGGACAACUCGCCGGUUAGAGGAAUGGUGAGCCCCUUAGGUGGAAACGAUUCGGAUAGCUCUGCGGAGACACAAGUGUCGUUAUAUGGCGGAAGACAAAUAGACCCGGAUGCCUCAGCAAUACAUUAUCUGAUCCAGCACGGAGCUGUCAUCACACAUCAAGAUGAUUACGGUCUUACGGCACUCCAUCACGCGGCGUUACGCGGUGACGAGGUUGCCUGUCAACAACUUCUCUUACAUGCCACAGAAGAAAUGCCACUUAUACAUGCAAAAGACAUACAGCAGAUGACGCCGCUUCAUACCGCGUGUUGUCAGUGCGAGUCUGAUAUUGCCAGGCAGCUGAUACUAGCGGGGGCGGAUAUUAGGUGUGUCGAUGAUGAACAGUCCACGCCCCUUCACGAGACAGCUACUGUUGGUGACACUAAAAUAUUGAGAGUGAUUUUAGAGUCGUGCAAAAAGGGUGAACAAUGGGACAAAAGCAAAUUGGCGGAAGUGUUGUCGGACAAAGACGAGGACGGAAACACGCCAUUAAUGUUGGCAGUGGAGUCAGGAAGAUACAAAUUUGCCGUAAAUCUGAUUAAUAAAGGUGCAGCUAUUAAUACGACAAACAAAUGGCACAUGACACCGUUACAUCUUGCCGCCAUCAAAGGAGAUAUACGUAUUGUGAAACUGCUGAUAGAACAAGGCGCCAAAAUAAACGCAUUGAAUCACGAACACCAAUCACCAUUACAUAAAGCGGCUUUGUUUAACAAUGAAGACUGCAUAUCAUGUCUUUUAGAUAAUGGCGCCAACUUGGAGUCCAAGGAUAAAGACAAUUUUACGCCGUUACUUUUGGCGGCAUGUUACGGCCAUGCUAAAUCAGUGGAGCUGUUGAUAAACAGAGGAGCUGAUAUGUCAGUAGAGGACAAGAAUGACAGAACUGCUGUAUACCUCGCUGCUGAAGAGGACCAACUCGAUGUUCUAGAAGUUUUAUUACGUCAUAACAAAGAGAAAUACAUGGUAAAUCAUCGUGAUGAAUGCAGUAAUGGGCCUCUACAUAUAGCAUCCAAAUUAGGUCAUCUCAGAAUUGUUAAGUGUUUGCUCAAUAAUGGCGCUGAUCUGUUUUGUAAGAAUGAUAUGGAACAAACUCCUAUCCAUAUGGCAUCUGUAAAUGGGUGGACAAGUGUCGUUCGUGAGAUUGUUAGCAAAGAGAAGAACACGAUGAGUGAUGGAGACGAGGAUUCGAACACGGCCCUACAUCUAGCUGCAUCAGGAGGUCAUGUCAAACUUGUUGAAACAUUGCUCAGUCUGGGUGCUGAACCCGAAGUCAGAAACAGCGCGUUACGGACACCACUUGCUUGUGCCGCUGCUCAGGGAUAUAUGAAAACAGUGAAAGUUUUGGCGGAAUCAGAUGCGAUGAUUGAUGCCACAGACAAAGUUGACAUGACCCCAUUGUUGUUAGCAUCUAUGAAUGGUCAUGCUAAUGUAGUGGACUAUCUUAUUGUUAAAAAGAAUGCUGACGUCACAUUACGUAACCUUGACGGUCAUAACUGCCUCGAUCUGGCCGUAAAAGAGGAUCACCAGGAUGUUGCCAUGGAAAUUGUCAAAUCUAGUUCCUGGAAGCACGCUCUAAGAAACACUGUCAUAGAGAAAGGGAUGGUUAACACACCACUUAGAAGACUUAUCAGGAAAAUGCCAGAGGUUGCAGAAGUUGUAUUCGAUAAUUGCAUUGAGGUCAACAAACCGGAAGAUGGUAGUCAGGCGAAACUGAAUCACCGGCAUAAGGUGGAGUUUAACUUUGAGUUUCUAGACGACCUGUACAGUAUACACGAGUGGAGGAAAAAGCGGACAAACAGACGACGAGAGAAAAUGAAGAUUAAAGAUACUGGAAAGUUGGAGCCCGAGAAGGAAAUAUUAGACGGAUUCGACUGGGAUAAACUUAAACCAUUCAAACCUAGAGCGUCGAUGAUAACAGAUUAUUUGUUUGAUAAAGAGUUAGUUCCGUACACGACAGAAUCAAAUAUAUUUCUAAGAAAUCAUCCAAUGAACAUCAUGGUUGCUUCCUCCAGUGAAGAACUUUUAGAUCACCCAUUGGUAACUGCUUUACGACGUCAUAAGUGGGUCAGCUUUGGUCGUCUGUUUUAUUACGUCAGCUUCGUAUCUUACCUCAUUUUCCUUUCGUUCCUGACAGGAUAUAUCUUAGUCACAUUACCUCCCUUUGCUAUUGACAAGAGUAAUUUUGACAGUGUUGAUGGUGAUAAUGAUUGUGAGAAGUAUGAGAACACGGGGCAUAAAGAACACACGUUUGCAAAGAUAGCAAAAUAUGUGAUCCUUGUGAUGGAUAUUAUCUACAUUAUCAAGGAGUGUGUUCAAGCAUUUCACGGAAGAUUGGGCUAUAUCAAUAUAGAAAACGCUUUAGAAGUGUCUGUAUUUAUAUCAAGUUUUCUCCUUGUGCUUGAUGUGAAAGCAUGCCAGAGCCAGACAGGAUACAGAAUGCCAUGGCAGUGGAACUUCGGCAGCAUAUCUAUUGUUUUAGCUUGGAUAAUGCUUGUGCUUUUUAUUCAAAAGUUUCCUAAACUCGGAAUUUAUGUUGUUAUGUUCAGAUACAUUCUCUAUACUUUCUUCAAAUUCUUCCUCGUGUUCGUCUUGUUUAUCAUUGCAUUUGGUCUAGGAUUCUUUUGUCUCUUACAGAACCAGACUCCCUAUUCUACGGCAUGGAAUGCUAUUAUACGGACCUCUGUCAUGAUGAUAGGAGAGUUUGACUAUAAUGAUAUAUUCCAUGGCGAGGAUGACAUGCAUUAUUGGUUGACAUACGUUUUGUUCUGUGCUUUUCUUAUUGUCAUGACCAUCAUCAUCAUGAACUUAUUGGUUGGUUUGGCUGUAGAUGACAUCAAAGGUGUUCAGGAUCAAGCAACAUUGAAAAGAAUUGCAAUGAAGGUACAACUUGUGUUAGACAUAGAGAGGAUAAAUAUUAAGUUUACAAGCCGCUAUUAUGAACGGUGUUUGGUGGAAUACUACGAUGAUUAUGAGGAAAUGCAAUUAGCCAUACGACACUCAAAGGAGUUUGAAGAUCAGAUGCACAAGAGCCAACAGAAAAUGUUGAAGAAGGUGGACAAGGUGAAGAAUACAGUUAAAUCAUUAAAGAAUGAUAUCUCUAGACUUGAAGAUAUGUUAGGAACAAUUAUGAAAGCUCAAGAUAUCAGCAUGAAUACAGAUGAUAUCUAGAGAAUCGUGAUGCUGACGAAUGAUAUUUCGUGAAUAACGAUACACUCGGGUUAUAUUUAGCGAAUCACGAUACAAAAAUGAUAGUUAUAUUUAGCGAAUCACGAGGCAUACGAAUGAUAUUUUGUGAAUCACGAUGCCGACGGAUGAUAUGUACAGAAUGAACAUAAUUCAAAGAAUGCAUGAUGGCAAAUUAACGAGAAAGUGAUUGAAAUGAUAUACAUGUGUUAGGAUAGUAUAGGAUAUCUAGUAAUUUCGAUGACAUUGGGGAGGUUUCAGUGUUGCUGCACGGAUACCAUUGGCAUGUAUCUGAAAUUCUCGAGCUUUAGUGCAUUUUUGUUAUGAGAAUCAUGAUUUUCGAACUGGCAUUGGCAUUCACUUUUAAUAAGUUGUUUUCAUUAAGUAUGAGUUGUUAAUUGAGAUUAUAAUGUAUAUAAUGCAUUCAUGAAUAUAAGCUCAUAUUAAGCUUGUCAUACUCGGUUCUAAAAUUAACCAUGUCAAAGUUACCACACAUUCCACGUUUUAUUUAAUUUCUGCAUCCGCGGAAAAAACUUUGUAUUUCAUAAAUAAAUACAUUUUCUAAAAAAGGUACAAUCAAUAUGCACUGGUGUAGUUAGUUUUCGACCAUGAAGCAGCAUGCCUCAAGACUUAAGCUUAUUUUUAUGAAAAUAUUGAAAAUGUAUUUAAAAGUAAAAUAUUGUGCAGUGAACAAUUAUAGUAAUUUACAAUUACGGUCCUCGUAAAUUACCAAACUGAUCAAAAUGUGUUGAAUUAGCCCUUGCUGCGUUAGACACGCAGUUGAAAUAUAGUGAUAAAUACUGCAAAAUAGAAAUCACCAAUGAGUCGUUAAUCGAAAGUUAAUACUUUAAUCGUUUUUACUUUUCUUAAAAUCUGCAUCAUACAUCUUUUACGUUUGAUUUCAUGAAAUAUUUUGCCUCAUAUGAAGGCAUGCAGCUUUAAGGAAAAAUUGAAUGUUACUUUUGAUAGAGAUAGUUGAUUCGGAAUGAAUAAAAUGUGUACCAGUGUUUGGUGGUCAGUAUGAUUUAUUUUUAUAUGCUGAAACGGGUAAUAUUUAUAUUUAACGUAGUGAAUCAUUUUACAUAACAGGACUUAUAUCUAUUUAAUUUAAUAUGUAGUUUCUAGUCUUGCUUGGGCGAUAUAAGUUUAUAAUGUAAAAAAUGAAAAAUAUUAACUGGAGCUAUACGUGUUCUUUUUAUUACUGAAAAAGAUUUCUGCAUGCAGAAGACAUAGUUUAGAUAUAACUUGUUUCAAGAAUUUUUUUUUUGGUCCGUCAAGAAAACUGAAUUAGAAAAUUAUGUUUCAAAACUUUAUAUCACUUCUUGCGUUCACGCAUUUAUUUAGUAAAGCAUAUAGUUGUUACUGGCAUGGAGAGAGAUCACUUACAAACUGAUGCUCUUACUGUAAAUAUUUAAAGGUAUAUUUUUCUAACUUUGUUCUUCAUGUACAAAUUUUCAACCACAUGUUUAAAGCUUUUUUUUGCAAGGCGUGGUAUUCUUAGUUUCUAUUUUUAUGCAUACAAUUUGUCGCGAUGAAACAAUGUAUAUUAAUUGUGCGAAAAUCAUUAAAAACAAUGAAAAUCACUAUAUUACUUACAUUAAAAGGGCGUUAAACACUUUUAUAUAUUACUAUACAUGUAUACUACUAUACUGCACUCUGUGAUAAAUUCAUGAUUUUAUAUUUAUUGUUUUUAAAUACUUUAGUAUAAUUGAAGCAUUUUGAUACUUCGUAUGUCUUGAAAUAAAUAUGUAU